GUGGAGAAGACCACUGACUUCCCCUCUGCUGAGUUCUCUCUGGUGGAGGAUGUAGCUCUGCACUUCACCUGUUUGAUGGACAGGCUGAACGAGCAGCGCCUCUUCCAGCCUGACCUGUGCGACGUCGACAUCGUUCUGGUACGUCAGCGCAGCACCUUUCCGGCCCACAAGGGCGUGCUGGCGGCCUACAGCCCUUUCUUCCACUCCCUGUUCGCCCAAAGCAAGCAGCUGCGACGGGUGGACCUGUCGCUGGACGCCCUGACCUCGCAGGGCCUGCAGCAAAUACUCAACUUCAUUUACACCUCCAAACUGCUGGUGAGCAGCCGCACUGUCCGCGACGUGCUGAACGCAGCCACCCUGCUUCAGAUGAGCGACAUCGCUGCCUCCUGUCGUGACCUCAUCAGCAGCCACUCGCUGAGAACCACCUGCACAGAUAUGGCAAAUCAGGAAGGGCUUGGCAGCGGUGAACCAGCGGUGGCGAUUACUGCCAGCCAGCUGUACCGGGAGAUCAAACAGGAGUCAGAGCUGGGCAGGGUGUACACGAGGGAGGGCAGCAGCCCGUUUUCUGUGCGGGUGGAGGAGGCGGGAAAGACGCCCUCCCAGCAGAAGCACUACUACCAGAAAGAGGAGGGGACAGGGGGCGGGGCCGGCUCAGGUACUCUGUGCAAAGUAGAAGGCAACGGUGAGGAGUCGAAGUCCUCAGACAGCCACUCCUUCAACAGAGAUCAGAUCAUUGUUGAAGUGAACCUCAACAACCAGACCCUCAAUGUGUCAAAGGGAUCGGAGGGAAAAUCAGCAUCCGCCACUGAGACGGCCACCAUGUUUACUCGUUGCCAUGACAAUGAGAGAGAUUCAGAAGAUGAUGAUGAGAACGAGCUGGAGAACAAUGACACAGUUGAGGAAGAUGAGGAAGACCUGAAGAGGGGAGACCUACUGGGACAGAGCAGCGAGGAGGAAGAUGAAGAGGAGGAUGAAGAGGAGGAGGAGAACACCCUUAACAUUCCAGGCUUGGAGCAGACGUCCAUAAUGGAUCGACCUCGACGGGGUAUCAGAGCCUUGGCCAUGGCGGGAACCACGGCCUCCAUGCGGCACACGCUGGCAGAGGCUACACUAGCCAACCAGCGGCCGGGUGGGAAGAGGAGUCUGGAUACAGAGGGCCUGGGCCAGAAAGUGAGGCUGGAGGAGAAGCAGCAUUUCCCGUGUAAGAAAUGCCCCCGCAUCUUCAACAACCGCUGGUAUCUGGAGAAGCACAUGAACGUCACUCACAACCGCAUGCAGAUCUGCAAUAACUGCGGGAAACGCUUCCUGUUGGAGAGCGAGCUGCUGCUGCACCAACAGACCGACUGCGAGAAGAGCAUCCAG